GCCUCAGUCUCAUUUUGUGCCGGUGCUGUCCACGGCGAGUUUCUUUUGUGACUGCCUGCUGCCAUUGUUUUUACUUUGCGAUAAAUAACCACGAUCAUUUGAAUAUAUUUGGAGCGAGCGGACUCCAUUUAUUUAUUAUUUGGGACCGACGGUCUCUGCUCUGCGGCGCAAUGAGACGCGGCAGAACGGCGCUACGUUUUGGACUUGCUUUUGUGUUUCUCGUCCUCCAUUCCGUCCGCGGGGACGUGAGCUAUUCUGUUCCGGAGGAGAUGAAACGCGGAUCCGUCAUCGGGAACAUCGCUCGGGACCUGGGAAUGGACUCCGGUAGGCUCGCCUCUCGCAAGGCCCGCGUCGACACGGAGAAUAGCAACGUGAAAUGUUGCGCUAUUCAUCUCAAUACCGGAGACUUGGUUGUACAAGAAAGGAUCGACAGAGAAGGGCUGUGCGCCAAAAAGCCGACGUGUGUCAUCAAACAGGACUUGGUUCUGGAAAGCCCGCUUGAAGUGCACCGUGUCAAUAUCCGCGUUCAGGAUAUUAAUGACAACGCGCCGCAAUUUAAAGAAGGUUUGCUGAAAUUGGAAAUUCGUGAAUCUGCGGUCAAGGGUGCGCAUUUUCUGUUGGAUGAGGCCCACGAUGCAGAUAUUGGUGAACAUGCUGUUCAGGGUUACUCCCUUGAGAAGAAUGAACAUUUCUCAUUAAACGUCAAGACGAAGGGGAUUGGACGUAAAUAUGGCGAAUUAGUCCUCGACAAAGAAUUAGACCGAGAGAAUGAAAAUGAAAUUGUACUUCUGCUGACUGCAUACGAUGGCGGCUCCCCUCAGAGGUCCGGUACAGUCCGAAUACACGUCACCGUGCUGGACGCCAAUGAUAACGCACCUGUGUUUAGUCAGACAGUCUAUCAAGCCAGUCUGCCUGAAAACUCGCCCCUUGGUACGUUGGUGAUAACAUUGAGUGCGAUUGACCCCGAUGAUGGAAUAAAUGGAGAUGUUUUCUAUGGAUUUGACCACGUUGAUGAACGUCAAGUUUUUUCGAUGAGUCCGAAAUCAGGUGAGGUCAAAGUGGCAGGUGCGAUAGAUUAUGAAAAAGAAUCAUCGUACGAAAUGCAGAUAAGUGCCAAAGAUGGGCUGGGGUUGGCCUCAUAUGCAACCCUAAUUAUUGAAAUCAUUGACACAAAUGACAACGCCCCACUUAUUUACGUCAAGUCGCUGACCGACCCGGUGGCGGAGAACGUGCCGCCCGGCACCGAGGUGGCCAUCGUUCACGUGCAGGACAGAGACUCUGAGCGGAACGGGCAGGUCCGCUGCUCCGUCCGACGAGACGUCCCCUUCCGCUUAGUUCCUUCCAUCAAGAACUAUUAUUCUCUGGUGACGAGCGGCCGGCUGGACCGCGAACUGGUGUCCGAUUACAACAUUACAAUCGGCGCCAGCGACGAGGGCUCUCCUCCUCUGUCCUCCCGGAAAAGUCUUCGCCUGUCCGUCGCCGACGUCAACGACAACCCGCCCGCGUUCGAGCGAGAGUCCUACAGCGCCUACGUGAGCGAAAACAACGAAGCCGGCUCGGCUUUGUGUCGGGUGAGCGCCCGAGACCCCGACCGGAGACAGAACGGCACGGUGGUUUAUUCUCUGUUGGCGGGCGCCGAGGUGAACGGCGCCCCGGCGUCCUCCUACGUAUCGGUGGACGGAGACACGGGGGCCGUCCGCGCCGCGGGCUCCUUGGAUUACGAAGACUUGAGGAGUUUUCGAGUCCACGUGGUGGCCAGAGACAAGGGUUCUCCUCCGCUGAGCAGCAACGUGAGCGUCAGCGUGUGGAUACGGGACGUGAACGACAACUCUCCUCAGAUACUGUACCCCGCCCCGGAGGGCGACUCCUUCGUGACCGAGCUGGUCCCCAAAGCUGCGCACGGAGGCUCCGUGGUGUCCAAAGUGAUAGCGGUGGACGCCGACUCCGGACAGAACGCCCGGCUGUCCUAUCAUAUAGUCAAGUCCACGGAUCCGGGACUUUUCGCCAUCGGUCUCCACAGUGGAGAGAUCAGGACCCGGCGGGACAUUUGCCAAUCUGACGGCGUGAAGCAGAACCUGAUGGUGGCGGUGAAAGAUAACGGACAGCCCCCUCUCUCCGCCACCUGCUCCGUGUAUUUACUUCUUUCCGAUAACUCGGCCGAGUUGCCGGAACUCAUGGACGUUUCCUCCGACGAGCGGGAGAAGAAUUCCAAAGUCACCUCUUAUCUGACGGUGGCGCUGGUGUCCGUGUCCGCCUUCUUUGUGACCUUCAUGGCGGCGGUCCUGGCUGGGAGCUUCUGCCGCAGGAGAAAGCCCAGACUGUCGUCGGACGGAGCGGUCGCCGUCCCCGGCGCGUACCUCCCUCCUGAUUACGCAGAUGUCGACGGCGCGGGAACUUUACGCGGCGCCUACGACUACGACGCCUACUUGACGACGGGCUCCAGGACCAGCGACUUCAACUUUGUGCGUUCUUACGACGACGACACGCUGCCCGCUGACCGCGCGCUCGGGAAGAGUCCCAGCGACUUCGAUGACGAGCUUCGCGAUUCUUUCGACCCUCUUGAGGUAAACGGGAAAUCUUUUGGCUUGCAGCAAAAGGAGGCCAACUCGAGCAAUCACGGGAAGAUGAACGUCUUCAUUACGGCAACAGUUCGACAUUUCAUGGUGCGAGGCAUGACGGGAGCCACGUGGCUUCUGCUCGAAGAUACAGCAGCUGUCCAGCUAACGUCAACCAAAAUCCCGUGA